AUGACAUCACGAAGUGCCCCUUCUUUGUGUGUCAGUGAUGUCACCAAAUGCAGUGUGGGGGACAAUGGAAUCCUGAACUCCGGGCGAGGGCGAGUGGGAAGCGGCUGCUCCUGCUGCUGGUUCAGGGCUGAGCCGGGAGGAAGGGAGGACACAGCUGCUGCUUUGGGGCUGAAACAGGUGACAAGUUGCUGCUGCCGCCGGAGGGACAAAGCAGCGAGAGAGACACGAGUGGCCAGGCCCAGCCGCACCGAGGAGGAGCAGCCAGACACAAAGGGAGAGACAGAGAAAGAGACAAGCACGCCUAAGAAGAAGGAAAGCAAAGUCAGCAUGAGUAAAAACUCUAAACUGCUGUCUACCAGUGCCAAGAGGAUUCAGAAGGAAUUGGCUGACAUCACCUUAGAUCCACCUCCCAACUGCAGUGCUGGCCCCAAAGGUGAUAACAUCUACGAAUGGAGAUCAACCAUUCUAGGACCUCCAGGUUCAGUCUAUGAGGGAGGUGUUUUCUUCCUUGACAUCACAUUUACCCCAGAAUAUCCCUUCAAGCCUCCAAAGGUCACGUUCCGGACAAGGAUCUACCACUGUAACAUUAACAGCCAAGGCGUCAUCUGCCUGGACAUCUUAAAGGACAACUGGAGUCCAGCGUUAACCAUUUCUAAAGUUCUCCUCUCCAUCUGCUCCCUCCUCACAGACUGUAACCCCGCUGACCCCCUGGUUGGAAGCAUUGCCACUCAGUAUAUGACUAACAGAGCAGAGCAUGACAGAAUGGCCAGACAAUGGACCAAAAGAUACGCUACAUAAAUUGGAUUUUCAUCAAACUCUUACAUUAUUUGUCUGUGAUGGAAAGAGCUGCUUAUGAUUUUGAAGGGGUGGGGGGUGGGAGGGUGCUGGUAAAGAGUAGGGUAUUUCUAUAACAGAUUUUAUUCAGUCUUUUAUUUCCUAAGAUUUUGUUGUUGUAACUUAAGGUAUCUUGCUACAGUAGACGGCUAGGAUUUGGAAUAGCAUACUUUAAGACUGUAAUUAGUUCAGCAAUAUUAGCUCACAUAUAGUACCGAGAAGAAUGUAAACUUCUUAGACUUCUUUGGUUUUCAGUUUGCUUGCAAUAUGUAAAAGAUUAAAACAGCUUAAUUUUGUACAGGUA